AGCAGAUCAGUCUCAAACAGAGAGCAAAAAUGGAAAAUGGCCAUGGCAAUCUCUGCGAAAUGGUUUGCUUUCAUUCUCCUUUCUUUCUGCAUUGUGCUUCAUAUGAGUACAAUUGCUCUUGGUGAUGACAAGGUUGACAAAGCUAGAUUUCGAGAUGACAAUUGUAGAUGGGGUCCAAGGCGUUGUGGUGGCCGAUUUAGUGGUCGUGGCCCGUCGUUUGGUGGUGGACGUGGAGGAGGUGGUGGUGGUGGGAUUGGAGGUGGUUCGGGUCAUGGUGGGGGAUUUGGAGCAGGAGGUGGAGUCGGAGUUGGUGCUGGAGGAGGUGUCGGGGGUGGUGGUGGAGGUGGAGGUGUUGGGGGUGGAGGAGUUGGUGGUGGUGGUUCAGGUCAUGGUGGGGGCUUUGGAGCUGGAGGAGGUGUAAGUGGCGGAAUUGGUGGGGCUGUAGGAGGUGGUGGCGGAGGAGGUGGUGGUGGUGGUGGCUUGUGGGUCUGGUCAUGGUGGAGGUUUUGGAGUUGGUGGUGGUGCAAAUGGUGGUCGAGGAGUAGGAGGUCAUGGUGGAGGAUUCGGAGUUGGAAUUGGAAUUGGUGUUGGAGUUGGAGUUGGCGCUGGUGCUGGCGCUGGCCAAGGCUCAGUCACUGGUUCUGGUAG